AUGUCAGGUAUAGCCCCCGUUAACCCAAAACCAUUCCUGCAAGAUUUAACAGGUAAAACAGUCUAUGUGAGGUUGAAGUGGGGUUUAGAAUAUAGAGGGUAUUUAGUAUCAACAGAUGGAUACAUGAAUCUGCAGCUCGCGAAUACCGAGGAAAUCGAGAAUGGGAAGUCUAAUGGAGCUUUAGGAGAGGUAUUCAUCAGGUGUAACAACGUACUGUAUAUAAGGGAAGCGAAAGAUAAAGUACGAGAUGAUUAA